AUGACGAACCCCAACACCAUAAACAUAAACGACAUAGUAUUCCCCUCGCAGCCAUCCCUGUCCACACUCCUCACGUCCCUCAAACGCUCCACCCUCAGCAUCCACAACCGCCUCACGUCCAUCCUCUCCGACGCCGAAUUCGUCCACCAAGCCGCCCAGGCACUCAAGCAGCCGCCGUCAAAUGAUAACGCGAACCAGGAAACCCAGGAACGAGCCCCGCGCCCCUUGGUUGCCAACGAACGCUGCGGAAGCUGGUACAUCCCGCCCGGGGACAAGUACGCCUCUGCGUACUUCAAGAGCACCGAUGGCCAUGAGCGGGCGUGGAAGUUUAGCACCCGGAGGCUCAACCUCCAUCUACUCGACAUGAUUGAGAAGCACGACGGGAAUGCCCGACGCCCUCUCGACCACAAUUCCAAUCUGGUGCACCGUCCUCAACACCGUCCUGCUGCCCUCGCACCCGCGCUCCUCCCAGCUCUUCCUCCCGCCACACCUCCUGCCCACCACGCACGCCCAAAUCACCGCCCUCGUCCCGCAGUUCGUCGCCUCCUUCAAAGCCCUCCACCUCCAGGAUCUGCCCAAGAUAACGAAACCGCUGCGCCCAUUCUGGGUCACGCAAGACUCGGCGCUCGGCCCCGAAACGCACGCCCUGCCCCCCGAGCCCUCCCCAGAGGCCCAAGACCAAACAGCCCCCGGCACCAUAUACGCCUCCUACAGGCCGGUGAUUUGCCUCACCGCCUCCCGCCGCAACACGUCGUCCAGCGAGAUCGACUCCAACGGCUACAUCCAAGGCGCGGCCGACGACACGGAAAACUGGGCGCACGGCCUGACGCCCGCCGCCUUCUGGGCCAACCGGGACAUCCUCCUGUCCACGCCGGAGCCAGAGCUGCCGGGCCUCAUCGCGUCCCUGUCCCCGUCCCCGGCGGCACAGGCGACGCCGGCAUCCGCGCCCGACAACAACCCGACGACCCGCCUGACGCCGCAGAUAUCCGUGUGCGCGCUGCCCCCGCCGCCAGGCGCCGGCUGCUGCAUCUCGCUGACGAGCGCGACCACGCCCAAGGACCAGUGGGCCAAGUCCGCUGCGUCCAUGGAGGUCGGGCUGGGCAGGCACAAGACGGCCAGCAGGAACCUGAGGACCGCGCUGCCGUACAUAUGCGACUUUGCGUCGGCGUGCCUGCAGAGGGAUCCGCAGGCCAGGGUGACGGUAGCUUGCGAGUCGGGCAAGGAUACCUCUGUGGGCGCGGCGCUCGCUCUGUCGUGCUACUUGUUCGAUGA